UGUUUCUUCGCUAGAGAUACGUGUCGCCCUCUACGCCGCUGGAGAAGUUUCGCAUAAAUUAUUCCGACGAGGUUUGGGGCGGAGCCGCGCAUAGAUUAGGCAAAUUAGCCGGUGGAGGGAGGGGAAGCCGGCUACGAAUUAGCCUAAGUUAUUAAAGAUGGCGGCGGACCGGAGUCGAACCCCGAUGGACUCGCCGGUUCCAGCCUCUAUGUUCGCCCCGGAGCCCAGCUCCCCAGGGGUGGCCAGCGCCGCGGCGGCCGCCGCCCGGCUCCACAGCGGCUUCGACUCGGACUGCAGCGAAGAUGGCGAGGCGCUCAACGGCGAGCCGGAGCUGGACCUCACCAGCAAGCUGGUUCUAGUGAGCCCUACAUCAGAGCAGUAUGACAGCCUACUUCGGCAGAUGUGGGAGAGGAUGGACGAGGGAUGCGGAGAGACCAUAUAUGUCAUUGGGCAGGGAUCAGAUGGGACUGAGUAUGGGCUGAGUGAAGCUGACAUGGAGGCCUCCUACGCCACAGUGAAGAGCAUGGCUGAGCAGAUCGAGGCCGAUGUCAUUCUCCUGAGGGAACGGCAAGAAGCUGGGGGCCGUGUGCGGGAUUACCUGGUCCGGAAACGAGUAGGAGACAAUGACUUCCUGGAGGUCAGGGUGGCAGUAGUGGGCAACGUGGAUGCCGGCAAAAGCACGCUUCUGGGAGUCCUGACACACGGGGAGCUGGACAAUGGCCGAGGCUUUGCCCGCCAGAAACUCUUCCGCCACAAACACGAGAUUGAAUCUGGUCGCACCAGCAGCGUGGGCAAUGACAUUCUGGGCUUUGACAGUGAAGGCAAUGUGGUGAACAAGCCAGACAGCCACGGCGGCAGCCUUGAGUGGACGAAGAUCUGUGAGAAGUCCACAAAGGUCAUUACCUUCAUUGACUUGGCUGGCCAUGAGAAAUACCUGAAGACCACUGUCUUUGGCAUGACUGGCCAUUUACCUGACUUCUGCAUGCUCAUGGUGGGCAGCAAUGCUGGCAUUGUGGGGAUGACCAAGGAGCACCUGGGCUUGGCCUUGGCACUCAAUGUGCCUGUCUUUGUGGUGGUUACCAAGAUUGACAUGUGUCCUGCCAACAUCCUGCAAGAAACCCUGAAGCUGUUACAGCGCCUGCUGAAGUCACCAGGAUGCCGGAAGAUCCCCGUGCUGGUGCAGAGCAAGGACGAUGUGAUUGUCAUGGCCUCAAACUUCAGUUCAGAGAGGAUGUGCCCGAUCUUCCAGAUCUCCAAUGUUACAGGCGAGAACCUUGAUCUGCUGAAGAUGUUCCUCAACCUCCUGUCCCCUCGCACCAGCUACAGGGAGGAAGAGCCCGCUGAAUUUCAGAUUGAUGACACCUACUCUGUCCCGGGUGUGGGGACAGUAGUGUCGGGGACAACACUGAGGGGCCUGAUCAAGCUGAAUGACACGCUCCUGCUGGGCCCUGACCCGCUGGGGAACUUCCUGUCCAUUGCUGUCAAAUCGAUCCAUCGCAAGCGCAUGCCUGUCAAGGAGGUGCGGGGUGGCCAGACGGCCUCCUUCGCGCUGAAGAAGAUCAAGCGCUCGUCCAUACGGAAAGGCAUGGUGAUGGUUUCCCCACGUUUGAAUCCCCAAGCAUCCUGGGAGUUUGAGGCAGAGAUUCUCGUCCUCCACCACCCCACCACCAUUAGCCCGCGCUACCAGGCCAUGGUGCACUGUGGGAGCAUUAGGCAGACAGCCACCAUUCUGAGUAUGGACAAGGACUGUCUGCGCACUGGGGACAAGGCCACCGUGCACUUCCGCUUCAUCAAGACCCCUGAGUACCUGCACAUAGACCAGCGACUGGUGUUCCGGGAAGGCCGCACCAAGGCUGUGGGCACCAUCACCAAGCUCCUCCAGACCACCAACAACUCCCCGAUGAACUCCAAGCCCCAGCAGAUUAAGAUGCAGUCGACGAAAAAGGGCCCUCUGACCAAACGAGAAGAGGGGGGCCCCUCUGGCGGGCCUGCAGUAGGUGCACCCCAACCUGGAGAUGCGGCUGCCUCCAUAGGGGCUGUGCAGCCUUCUGCAGCCAGCAGUCUUCAGCCACAGCCCAAGCCCAGCAGCGGGGGCCGGCGACGGGGAGGCCAGCGACACAAGGUGAAGUCCCAGGGAGCCUGUGGGACUCCUGCCAGCGGCUGCUGAAUCUUCCCCUGGCCCACCCCCUCCACCUGAGGAUCCUCACACUGGCCACUGCCCCACGAGAUGGCCAGAGCAGCUCUGACCACAGCCCGCCUUCCCCUCAGGCCAAAGCCGGAGCCACCCUUGUCACCCCCACCCCCGUUUUCCAGGGGGGUUGUAAUUUAUACCUGCUGAGGCAGGUGGCCAGACUUCCCGAGGACUGACCAUCUCCCACCCCCUUUCCACCUUCCUCCUCACCCACACGUUUUUUGUACAUCUGGGCCCUUAGUUUUUAUUCUUUUUAUUAUAUAUCUAUAUCUAUAUUUAGUGUGUAUGUUCGUGUGUGAGGUGCAGGAUACGGCUGGUCAGGGCCCUGUCAUUCUCUCCUUUUCUCCCUCCAUGGCUGGCCACCAGCCUCCAGAAGCUGUCCACCCGCCUGUCUGUUAGUCCGUCCAUCUGUCUUGUGAGAAAAUCCUCAGGGCCUUUAGGGGAUGUCAGGGAGCUGAAGGAGCACCCCACUUUCCCUGACCCCCUCCUCCUCUGCACUCGGGCCCUUCCAUGGAGCCAGGGCUCUGAGUGACGGGCUUCUGGGUUGUGUCUGCUGCUGUCCGAGCAAGGAGCCCCUGAUCUAGGACUUGGUGGAGAGUGGUGGCUUCCCAUUCUCACUCCUCCUCUGCUCCCAAGUAACCUUGUUCCCUUAAGCCCAACAAUGAGUAAUGCUAAAAGCUGUUAAGUUGUCACCUGUAGAUGUAUGGCGGGGAGUGGAGAUUGGAUUGUAGGACCCUCCCCGCCCCCCGACUCUGACUCUUGCCACUGACCCAAAGACAGCGGGUGUUUUCCCCUUGAGACAAUCCUGUAUUUGCCUGGCCUGCCCAGGUCCUCCUGUGCCCUGCUGUGGCCCUUCUGGGCCCUGCCAGUCCUGCCAAGCCUGGAGCCACUUGCCUUGCCCAGAGCUGCCUCCUGCUUGGACUUUGGCUCUGAACUGUGUUGGGCCUUGGGGCACUGAUAACCCAAGUAAGGUCUGGCCUGUUUGGGAUCAUGUUUUCUAGCACCUCUAGUGGGUGAGGGUGGAGGUGUUCCCCUGGGCCAGGCCGAAACAGGGACCCCUCCUUGCCCAUCACACCCUGCCACGUCCCAACAUGGCUGCUACAGGAGCUGACUUUCUGGUUUCCUGCACAACAAGGAAGGGCCUGUGCCAGGUUUGGAAGCCCUGAUU